AUGCUGUAUACCAAUGCCACUAUAGUGACUGUCGAUGCCUCGCGUCGCAUCAUCACCGAUGGCGCGAUUCGCGUAGUCGAGGAUACCAUCAACGAUAUCGGCAAAGCCGAGACUCUGGAGUCACUGUAUCCGGACGACGAGAAGUGCGAUCUCUCUGGUCGGAUCAUCGUCCCGGGGUUGAUCUCAACCCACAUGCAUACAGCACAGACCCUGCUGCGAGGUACCGCCGAUGACUUGGAGCUAGUGUCGUGGCUGUGUGAGCGGAUUUGGGUCCUGCAGGGCAACUUCACGGCAGAAGACGGAUACGCUGCGGCACGCUUGAGUAUCGGAGAGAUGCUCAAGUCCGGCACGACUUGCUUUUUGGAGAGCAUGUUCGCCGACCGGUACGGAUUCGACGGGCUCUGUCGGGCCGUGGAAGAAAGUGGCAUUCGUGGCUGUCUGGGCAAGAUUGUCAUGGAUAUUGCCAAGUAUGCCCAAGAUGACGCAUGGGCGAUGCAUCCCGGCCUUGUUGAGGAUCGCCAGACCUCACUCCUGGGCACAGUCAAGAUGUGGGAGAAAUGGAAUGGUGCGGCCAACGACAGGAUCAGGGUCUGGUUUGGCGCCAGGACCCCAGGAGGUGUCUCCGAUGCAUUGUACAAGGAGAUGACAAGCAUUUCCAAGGAAAAGGGCAUCCCCAUCACCAUGCAUUGUGCCGAGGUCAAGGCCGAUCGAGAUUUCUUCGCAUCAGUGGACCAUACGCCGAUGUCAUACUGCGACUCCGUUGGUUUGCUCGGUGAUGCCACAGUUCUUGUCCACAUGGUUCACCUGGACGAUUCGGACAUCAAGCUUCUAUCUGCUUCAGGCACACAUGUGGCGCAUUGCCCGACUUCCAAUGCCAAGCUCGCAUCUGGAAUUUGCCGAGUCCCCGAGCUCCAGCAAGCCGGGGUCAACAUCGGGUUGGGAACUGAUGGCGCUCCAUGUAACAACACGUGUGAUCUCCUGCAAGAGAUGAAACUCGCCGCGAUCAUCCACAAGGGAAUCUCGCAAGAUCCGACCGUCGUCCCGGCAGAGAGCGUACUGGAGAUGGCUACCAUCAACGGCGCCAAAGCCCUUGGCCUGGACGACCGGAUUGGCAGCCUGGAGAAAGGCAAGAAGGCGGAUUUUGUAGCGAUCGACGUUCGUGGAAUCCAUACGCAGCCAUGGUUCAACCCGGUCAGUGCGGUUGUGUAUACCGCCACGGGCCACGAUGUUGAUACUGUCGUAGUGGACGGUAAGGUUGUUGUCCAGAACGGCGCCUUGUUGACCAUGGACGAGGAAGAGAUCGUUCGAGAGGCGAAGAGGAGAAGCAAGGAGGUAGUUGAAAGAGCGGGAUUGGGUCUCAAGGUUCAGCCUCGUUGGCCUGUCGAGUAA